AUGACAACAUCUAUUUUCAUUGGCUUAUGUGGAAAUAAGCUUCCUAAAUCGGUUUUUCCAACAAUACAAAAUGGCGUUUCACCCGUUGUUCGUGGUCUUAUUAAGAACUGGGAUUCAAUGGAGCAACUUUGGCACCGCGUGUUUUAUAACGAAUUAGAAAUUAAACCCGAGGAACAUCCACUUCUGUAUAUUGAAUCUAUUUUGAAUACAAUAAAAGACAGAGAGAAAAUGGGUCAAAUAAUGUUUGAGAAUUAUAAAAUCCCAUCUCUUUUUGUUCUACCAUCAACAUUCUUGACAGUAUUAGGAAACGGUUUAGAAUGUGGAAUUUGUAUUGAGUCAGGGGAUGGAAUCACUCAAUUUAGUGUAAUAGCCGACUGUGUCACAUAUAGACCUAAUGAUAUGACAUACAAUUUUGCUGGGAGUGAUUUGACUGAAAAUUUCAUCAACCGAAUGAACGAUAAAGGUUACAAUUUGAAUACACCAGAAAUGAAAAAUGCAGCCAAAAACAUAAAAGAAACUCUGUUUUAUACAGUUCUUGAUGUCAAUGAUGAAAUUAAAAAAGAUGUAAAAGAGCUUGAAAGAAGUUACAAAUUACCAGAUGGUAAAGAAAUGAUAGUUGGAAGAGAAAGGUAUGGUUUUCCCGAGGCUCUUUUCAAUCCAAGUGUUAUAGGACUAACCCAGGAAGGUAUACACGAAUUUGUUUGCAACUGUAUUGGAAAAAUGGAUGAUGGAUUAAAAGCCGAAGUUGGACCUAAUAUUGUUUUAAGAAGUGGCAACACCAUGUUUCCGGGGUUCAAAGAAAGACUUGCUAAAGAAAUGAAUAUUAUCGAUUCUAAAUUAAUGCCUAAGUUCCACGUUCACGACGACCCCAAACUUGAUGCAUGGAUUGGCGGCUCGUUUUUUGCAGAAACAAUGAAUUUAGUUGAUAUCAGUGUCACCAAAGAGGAUUAUAAUGAAAGGGGACCUGAUUGCAUAACUCAGAAAUUUUAUUUUCGACAUUAA